UUAUGUAUCACAGAUUUCAUUGAAGUUCAUAAUCAGAUCAGAUUUUAGAGAGAAAACGUUAAAAAUCACAGAAACAUUUUUCUUCUAUUUUCGGCCAAAGUAAUUUAAUUUUGUUUUAUUUUUUAAAUAAAAAAUAUAUGUAAUUGUGUUUUCUUGUGGCUCAUACGCGGAUCAUGUCAGAAUUGGUCACUGCCAAGGAAUACAUCAACAGCAACAGCGAGUUAUCGGUCUCAGUGAAGGGGAGCAGAACGACUCUAAGGAACGAGGUGAAAAAUCAGCCUAGCGAUAAAUUUCUUGAUCUAUCGUCCUGUGCAUCGUUUGCUUCGUGUGAAUCAUUUGUGAAUAUCAAAAAUACGAUAUUGAAACGUGAAGUGCAUACCUCCAAUGCAAGUCUGGAUAGUGGCAUUGAUCUCGAGUCGUUGAUGGGUACGAGUUCCAAGAGUCUGCAAGAUGAUAAGCCCAACACUUCCAACACCAACAUCAAUCGCAUUAUGGAUGAAGAGGAAGAAGAUGAAGAGGAACAGUUGAAUGUCUUGGUGAAACGUUCAUCGAUGCGUGUGGUUAUGGAACGCAAAUCGUUGCAACUGACCGAUGAUAGCAGUGAUUCGAGCGAAGAAAUUGAAAUGGAUGAGGUGUAUAUGGAUUAUGGUCGUUGGUUCCGCCCAAUAGAGAUUGAUGAGACGUUUGAAAUAUUUACAUACUUUGAUCAAGAUUCUGAUGGCUAUCUCGAUUUGAGUGAAUUUAAGCGGAUGCUUGAGAAAAUGGAUAUACCGCAAACGCAUCUGGCUGCCAAACUCCUAAUGGCGAGUGUAGCUGGUGAGCUUGCCGUUAGGAUGACAUUUUGUCAAUUUCUUCUAGCAUAUGCCAAGUUGCAGAAUCGUAUGACCAUCAGAAAGACCUAUCUGAGAGACAGACAAACGGAACGUUUGGCUCAAACCCCAGCCGUUGAUGUCUCCCAGGUCGGAGUUAGUGGGGCCAAAUUGUUUUUCGAGGCCAAAAUUGCAAUGCAGUCGGACCAAAUGGUCCAUUCUGCGCCGCCAAUGCCGGCAACGGCGCAUAUGUUGGCCAAACAUCAUCAGGCAGCAGACAAUGCGAAAGGUUCAGUGAAUCGGGAGCAAUUCAAAAGUGCGGCAGCUGUCUUCAACAAGCAGCUUCUAAAUGAAAAUGAUGGCAAGAAUUAGAGGCGCUUCCAACCGAUACAAAGCAUAACGGGAGAAAAUUGUUAAUUGUUUCAGGUUGACUUUGUCAGUUUGCAAACUUUACCAAAAUUUCUAGUUAUUAUGUUUAUAAAGACAAACAAAUUGCACGUUUAAUGGCUUUAUGUCUGACCUUGUCCGCUGGACCCAUAAAUCAUUUGCCAAUAAAACCCAAAAAACUUUUGUUUAAGUGA